AUGCAGAAAUCGUAUAACGAAGCUUCAUCACCGCAAAAUGUCGAAUACGACGACGUACAGAGCGGUCGAAUCUCAUUCGAGAAUCUGCGAUCGUUCUACCGCGAGCUGUGCGAAGAAGAAAUGUCGAAAAUCAGCCUGAGCCCGUCGUUUCAGUCCGAAUCCCCGGGUGAUUACACCUUUCCUCCUCGCCGCGCGGCCGACUCCUCCAGUAUCCCGACGGAGGUGGAGAUCGAGGAACCGGAGCGUAAUGUCGUGGUGAUCGUGACGUAUUCGCGGAUGCCGUGCGAGGAUUUCCGUCGAUCGAUGGAAGGGUUAGUGGCGGCGCGUGUGGAGAGUGGAGAGGAAGUGCAUCGGGAGUUCCUGGAGGAGCUUCUGUUUCGUUAUUUGGAAUUGAACAAUGACAAUUUUUUUGGGGAUAUAAUGCGCGCCUUUUUGGAAUUGAUCGGCGUCUGGCAUAGGAUUCAGUGCGGCGACGGUGGCGGUGGAACGUCGGAUUUAGCAAAAGAAGCUCAAGCUGGAUAUGAAAUUCAUGCAUAA